UGACAAUGGAACUCCCUAACAUUGGCCAGCAUUGCACACUUGCGCAUUGUAAAGCAUUAGAUUUCCUACCAAUCAUUUGUCCAUUAUGUCAGCAUGCAUUUUGCAAUGACCAUCGACUUCCUCUUGAUCAUUCUUGUACUGGAUGGGAAAAAGUAGACAAGCAACUAUUACAAUGCUCUAGCUGCGAAUGUCUUGUCAGGGUACCCGAAAAUACGCGCCCUGAAGAAGCGUUGAAGGCUCACAAAGAAUCCAAUUGCCUUGUACACUGCUAUGUAAAACCUUCAGUUAGUAUAGAUCCAUGUGCAGUAAAAGGCUGCAAAGAUAUGGAUCAUAGAAUAGGUCCUGUCCAUUGUGAUGGAUGCGAUAAAGGAUAUUGUUUAAGACACCGUCAUCCUUCAACUCAUGGAUGUGCCGGGUUAGGCACAAACGAACAUAAAAAGGAAGAGCGUCGGGCAGCAGCUCAAGCUCAAAUUGGAAAAAUAUUUGUACCUUCUAUUACAAAGCCAACGUCCAAUAAGCCAGCUGUGCAAAAGAAGGGGAGCCUUUUGGUAGAAAAAAUGAAGAUAAAAGCAAAGGCAAAGGGUGAUACCUCGGUCCCUUUAAAUAUGAGGAUCUAUAUUUUUGUCCAACCUCCUCAAGAAAGUAAAAAGGAACAUAGUCCAAUGUUUUUUGACAAGACUCAUCGUGUAGGUCGACUUUUGGAUAUGAUUGCAGAUGCUUUUCAAAUUAAGAAUGCAAAUAACCGUUUAGCUGCUGAUGAUGAUCAACGACUUGAAUUAGUUAACGCUCUGGACAUGAGUAUAUUGGACAAAACGAAAAGCUUGGACCAAGUACUUUCAGAUCUUGAUACUGUAUUAUUGGAAAGGAAAUCAAAGAUUUCUGCAUAACAUAAUACCUUAAAAAUAGCCAGUAUUUCCAAAUGUAUUGCAAGUCUAACAU